CCGUGCGACAGCAUCCCGGCACCUGCCCCGGUGUGUGCUCCCUCUCUCCGGGCUGGUUGCUCCGUGCUAUGGGGUGGAGAGCAGCGAGGCGGCGCUGGGAAGGUGCUCGGAGGGUCCUGAGCUGGCUCAGAGCUGGUCCCGGUUUUGCUUUCAAAGUGCCGGCUCUGUGCCUGCAUUCAGGCUUUGGGGGAGAUGCUUUCUGUGCCAAGUAUGUUUUGCCAGUCGAUCCACAAGUGUUUUGGCAGCCAGCUGCCCCCCAUAUAACACCCCCUGGAAGCCCCUCUUGCUGCUGUCACCGUCCUUGCCCUCGGGAUUUGGGGCUGGAGCAUUUCCCACUAGGAAAUUUUUUUGGGAUUUUUCGGGAGCUCCUCUCUGCCGGGUCCCUCGGAGCACGAUGCUCCCAUGGGAGAGACUGGCUGUGGCUUUUUCUGCUGUGUUUGUGUCACUGAAUAGCUCAGCUUGUAGCGUGAUAGUCCUGUGCAUGGCAGAGGGAUUGCUGCUCGGGAGGGAUGCAGCGGGUCCUGGAAUGGCAACUGUGGGGCUUCCCUUAAACACAGCCCUGGACUUGCAGUCGUUGUGGUAUCCACUUGCAGUGAGGGUGGUGUCACUCCUUCUCGAGUCUGUUUUUGCUGGCAGUUCUUUAUUUCUGUGUGUCUGUGUUUCUGUCUCGCAUGUGAACUUGCGCUGCGUGCCUGCUCUCAGCCUCACUGUGUGCGUGUUUGCCACACCGGGGUGAAUGUUUCAAAGCAGCUUCUCCCCUCUCCCCGGUGUGUUGCAAUACAGAGAAUGACACAGCUCGUAGAGAACAGCUCUCCAGAGCCACCAGGAUGCAACUUUCCUGGGAAAGUCAUGCUAAGAGGACAUCUGUGCCUGUUUAAUCCUAAAGCGAUCUGCUGGUAUUUAGCUUUAGGUAGGCUCAGGAGUGGGAGAGCAGCUUUGCAGUGGUAGAUGUACCAGUGCUUGAAUGUAUCUUGGGCAGAUCAUGUAUGGAAACACUGUGUGGUGUGUCUGAAACAGGUGUCACCCUGGAUAUGGAUCCAUGAAGGGAUCGUGACUAGUUAGGGAAUGCAGGAGUAAAGGUGUCAUUGCUCUUCCUUUGCCCACCUUUACUGACCUGUAGGGAUGUGGUGGGAUGCAGCCCUGACUCUCUCCUUCCUCUCUCAGUAAAAUCCAGCUACACCUGUGCUGUGUGGGUGUUGUUUUCAGGGUCCAUUCACAUAAAGAGCAUGCAGCUUAGACUGCCUUCCCUCUCCACUGCAUCCCCAUGGAGGUAAAACCCCAUCCCUCCAGCUCAGACCACAGCUGUAUUCAGCAAGUUCAGCUGCCACACUCUGAUGGCUGGCUUGAGGUGAAAAGAGAUUUUUUCCAUACAAAGUGCAGCUGUAUCUCUGCCCAAACUUACUAUGUCCUAGUGGUUGCUUUGUCUUGUCUUUUCUUUAUGAAAAGCAUGACUGGCAUGUGCCAGUGUCUGAAAGUGGGGAUGUGAUACUGGGUGAAAAGAGGAGACUGGUUCUUCUCUCAUCCUACCAGGCAGACCUUGGGCCAGGGAAGUGGACAGGGAGUGCCCCUUCCCCUCUGUCCACAACUUGUCCUGCUGGGGACAUGCAGGGACCUGCUGCUCCCCACCUGCUGCUCUGAGUCUUCCCUGGGAGGUGAAACCUGGCAGGAGCAAAGCAACUCUCACAUUUUAACAUCAGGAAUUUGCCGGUGGUAAUUUGGGGUGUAUUAAAGAGAGAUGGCUGAAGGAAUGCCCUGCAGCUCUUCCUUGUUGGGUUGUGUAACAAUUUGCUUUUUGUGCUGAAGUCUUGGCUCUCAGCUGCUCGAACCUCUGGCUGAGUCCAGUGCGUGCAGCACUUGGCACACACUGUUAAAUGUCACCCAACUGCUCAGAUACCAGAGCCCUGCAGCAAUCAAAUUUGUUUUCUUAAUUUUUAAAGCACUUCAAGCUAUGGAAACAUCUAGAGACAGUGGCUGGGUGACCUCUGCAUACAGGGAGGAACUCUGAGCCACCCUGGGUUACAUUUCUUCACCUCAGGCUCAGUGGAACAGCACAGGAGCAACAGAAGCAGUGCAGAGCACUCCAUGGGCUUGUUUCUCUGAGGAAGUGGAUGUUGCAGUGUCUGUGGGACAGGACUCUAAUCUUGGGUGUGAGAUUUUGUGUCCCAUCAUUACCACAGAUCCAGCAUUGUCUUGAGCAAAUUGUUUUCCUCUGUUCCUCCAUUCUUUGUAGAAAGGUUUCAGCAGCACUCCUGCCUGCCAGGGAUGCUAAUUGUUCUCUCAGAUUUUUCCCCAGAACUCCUGUAGUUAUUGCAGCCACAUGAAAACACCUUUUUGCCCUGUGUUCUUAUUAAAAUUGACUCCUGAACAGCUGUUUAACAUUUCCCACCUUGGCUUCAUGGAGAACAUUCACAUUUCUGCAGCUCCUUUGCAUUCAUAUUCCAGAUGUGAAAAAUACCAUGGGUUUUAUAUAGAGGUUCUUUUGGCUGAAUGUGGGCUUUUCCCCUCUCUGGGGGUUCCUUGGACUGUGCAUGAUGUGACAGACCAGGACACCAGGCAGAAUUUAGUCCACUGAGCUGCAUGCAAGGGACAUCCAGGGCAGGGUGAGGUGACAGGCACUUGUGCUGUUGAUCAACCCUGGAAGCCUCAGUUUGCUUUGAUCAGUAUUUGGGGGUCACAUUUUGUGGGCCAGUGGCUAUUUCUGUGUGAGUUGGAUGCUACCAGUAAGUCUCUAUUUAAUCAUCAGUACAUUUUUGUGGAGAAAGGAAAGCAAGUGGGAUUCACUCUCCUUGGGGUGGCACAUGUGUUACUGUGGUGAGGGGGAUUUUUAGUCUUUUUAAAAUAAAAAAUGUUUGGUAGCCUGGUGGGAGAGCUGAGCUCGAGCUGCAGCACGGAGAAGCCACAAACACCUCUGUGUGUCUGAGCAGGGUCCCCAGCUGUGUUUGGGAGCUGGCAGGUGCAGAGGUGGUCACGGGGCAGCGCCGGCUGGCAGGGCAGGCUCAAAUCCUCUCUGCCAGCAUAAAGCCCUUACCUGCCUUAGCAGCUUUAAGCACAACUAAAACCCACCCCAACAAGCACAAACCAGCCUUUGUCAGUCACCUUCUCCUCAGCCUUUGUGUUUCUGGCACGUGUAUGUGGGAAACCUUUUCCAAGGUUUUACCUGUUGUUUCACCUGGGCACUGGCACAGCCACUUCACCCCUAGCCCAGGCACUUCCCCAAGCUGAUCCUCACUCCAGGAUGCUUCCCAUCAUCUGUCCCACCUGCCAGAAGAGAAGGGAUGCUCCUGCUUGCCCAGAGCCCAUUCACCUGGAGGAGGGGAUGACCGAGGGCCGGCACUGCCAGGUGCAUCUCCUCGAUGACAGGAACUUGGAGCUGCUGGUUCAGCCCAAACUUUUGUCUCGGGAGUUACUGGAUCUGGUGGCCUCCCACUUCAACCUGAAAGAAAAGGAGUAUUUUGGGAUAACAUUUAUCGAUGACACAGGUCAGAGUGUCUGGCUGCAGCUGGAUCACCGUGUCCUGGACCAUGACUUGCCCAAGAAACCAGGGCCAGCAACUUUGUACUUUGCCGUUAGGUUCUACAUUGAAAGCAUUUCCUUUCUCAAGGACAAAACUACGGUGGAGCUGUUUUUUCUGAAUGCUAAGUCCUGUGUACACCAGGGGCACAUCGAGGUGGACAGCGAGACCGUCUUCAAGUUGGCUGCCCUGGUGCUGCAGGAAGCUAAAGGGGACUAUUCCAGUGAUGAGAACACUAGAAAAGACUUGAAGACACUGCCCGUCUUUCCUACCAAGACACUGCAGGAGCAUCCAUCACUUGCCUACUGUGAGGACAGAGUAAUUGAGCAUUACACGCAACUUAAAGGUCUGACCAGAGGACAAGCCAUUGUUCAGUACAUGAAAGUGGUAGAAGCUUUGCCAACAUAUGGAGUUCAUUACUAUGGAGUAAAGGAUAAACAAGGAAUCCCGUGGUGGCUUGGAAUAAGUUACAAAGGAAUCGGCCAGUACGACUUACAAGACAAAGUUAAGCCCCGAAAACUAUUUCAAUGGAAACAGCUGGAAAAUCUGUAUUUCCGUGAGAAGAAGUUUGCUGUGGAGGUUCACGAUCCCCGCAGAAUUUCAGUGUCAAGAAGGACCUUUGGUCAGAGUGGGCUGGUGGUGCAGACCUGGUAUGCAAACACUUCCCUGAUCAAGUCCAUCUGGGUGAUGGCAAUCAGUCAGCACCAGUUUUACUUGGACAGGAAGCAAAGCAAAGCAAAAAUUCCGUCAGCCAGAAGUUUGGAUGAUAUCGCCAUGGAUCUGACAGAGAUGGGAACUCCAAAAGUGUCAAAGCUGGUGACUUUGGAGGCCAAGAACCAGCUUAUUAUGGCCAGCAAUGGCAGUUUGAUCUCCUCAGGCUCUCAGGAUUCGGAGGUCAGUGAAGAACAGAAGAAGGAGAAAAUUAUGGAACUAAAGAAGAAAGAGAAACUCCUUCAGGAAAAGCUGCUUCAGAAAGUUGAGGAGCUGAAGAAAAUCUGCCUGCGAGAGGCGGAGCUGACAGGCAAGAUGCCCAAGGAGUAUCCCCUGGGUGCUGGAGAGGAGCCUCCCCAGGUGAGGAGGCGCGUUGGCACGGCGUUCAAGCUGGAUGACAACCUGCUCCCCAGCGAGGAGGAUCCUACUUUGCAGGACUUGGAGAGCAAUUUCAUCAUACACCAAAAGCUGGUGGAAGCUGCAAAGAAACUCGCCAGCGAGCCAGACCUCUGCAAAAACGUGAAGAAGAAAAGAAAGCAAGAGUAUGCUGAUGCUGUAAAAAAGCUGCAAGAGAUAGAAAACUCCAUAAAUGAAUACAGAAUCAAGUGUGGCAAAAAACCAACCCAGAAAUCAACUCUGGCUCUACCAGAUGAUAUAAUUCCAUCUGAGAGCAGCUCCCUGUCAGACACAACCACCUAUGAUGAUGUCAGUGAAUCACUUCCUGCAGCAGCACAGAGACCCAGCUCUGCACAGCUUUCUCCAAGACUUCCCCCACCAAAAUCCCUUGGCGUGGAGAGGAUUCAUCUCAGGAAGUCAUCCAUAAACGAGCAGCUCUUGGAAAGCAGGCACUCCAGGGACGUGCUCUCGACGCACAGCAGCCCUUUCCGCACGCUGGAGCGGCCGGCGCAGCCGCAGGGCGGGAGGAGCAUGCCCACCACCCCCGUGCUCACCCGCAACGCCUACAGCAGCAGCCACCUGCAGCCAGAUGUUUCCCCACACCACUGCCGGCAGCGCAGCGGAAGUCUGGAAUCCCAGACCCACCUGCUGUCCGAGACUCCUGCUGAAAAGCCAGCCUUCUCCCUCUCCAAGUCCCAGCGGAGCAGCAGCACCGAGAUCCUGGACGACGGAUCGUCCUACACCAGCCAGUCAAGUGCAGAGUAUUACUGCGUGACACCCACUCCCAAUCCCUAUUACACCACUCAGACUCUCGACAACAGGACCAGGGGUCGAAGACGCUCAAAGAAACACAACAUUUCUGCUGCAAGUUCAGGAAGCAUGCCAAACCUGGCCCAUAAGGACGUCCGCAGCGGUGUCUUCCACAAAAAUCAUGAGCAGCCUUCCUCUAAUUACUAUAUUUCUGGGUACUCCCCCUACACCGAGCCUGACGUUUAUUACAACGGGGGCUACGUUUAUGAGAGUGACACGGAGGGGCAGUACAGUGUCAACCCCUGCUACCGCUCAUCGGCGCAUUACGGAUACGAGCGGUACCGGGAACUCCGCUCCUACCACGAGGACGAGGUGGACAGAGUUCCGCACAACCCCUACGCAACCCUCAGGCUCCCCAGGAAGCAAGUGGCUAAAACGGAGCACAUAACCAAAAACAUUCACAAGGCCUUAGUAGCAGAGCAUCUGCGGGGCUGGUACCAGCGUGCCUCCAGCCAGAAGGAGCAGGGUCACAGCCUGCAGGCAGGCUUUGAGUCGGACAGAGGAUCUCAGAGGAGUUUGGGCUUUGCUGGUCUGCAGACGCCGUGCUCGCCGAGCAGUCGGGUGUCGUCUUUCUCUUCGGCAUCUUCUACAAACACUGCUGGGAACUGGAGAACCCCCCUUGCACUGGGACUUUCAGACUACGAUACGUUGUCUCACUCCUCCUACGCCAGCUGUUACGGGAAUGUUUAUGGCAACCUUCCUUUGCAGAGCAGGACCUACGUGGAGCCGAGCCAGCUGGGUGGGGACGCGGAGGAUGGCUUGGAGGCAGAGCUGCCCAGCAGUGAGCAGAGGCUGUUCUGGCACGAGGACUCCAAGCCUGGGACGCUGGUGUAGCCCCCGUGCAGUCCCUCAUUCCUACCCCUGCGUGCCUUGCACAGAACGCCGCCACUCCGAGGACGACCUCGGGUGCAAAUUGCGAAAGGAACAAAAAGAGGAAGCAGGCUGUUCUGCUGGGAAAGGUGGAAUUCAGCAGUAAGAGGGACUGUAGCAAACUGACAACAUCCUACCACGAAUGGUGUUUCUUUGUGAAUCCCUACAGCCCAGGGCAAGCCACAGUUCAUCCGCGACCAGAUGCAGCACUUGGUUGAAGUAUUUAUAUUUAGCAAGCACUUUUUGGGAAGAUUGGAAGGUGUUGAAGGCAAACCUCAGAGGAAAAAAAAUGUGAAAAGGAGACUCUUAUGGAAAAACCGGGAAUUAUAAGAGCACAAGUCUGAUGUCUGAAAGAAGAAGAAAAAAACCCGAAAAUUUAUUCUGCCAUGGCUUAUGAGGACCUGGAAGAGGUUUCAUAGGCUUAUGAAGGAUAGAUCUGUGUGUGUGAGUGAGGCAAAGGAUGACUGAAUCAGUGUUGGAACAUUACUUGAAGGAAGGCUGGAGUUUUUUUAUUAUGGAGGUUUGAAUGAGUCUGUCCAGUUUUUGGGGUGUUGUUAAGAGUGUUUGUUAGCACCACAAGCAAGUUCUGGAAAGAAAAAAAAUUUGCUGACGCAUACAUCAUGUAAAACUAUUAGCUAGUUGUGGAUUUGGAAACAGAAGCAGUGAACUUUGAAUUCUCUUUUCCAUGAUAAAACACAAUUAAUAACAGCCCAUUUAAUGACCUUUCCAUGGUACAACUUCACUGUGUGGAGGAGUAGGUGAAUUUUCACCGUGGCUGCACGGUGCCCCCUGUUCAGCGGGCGACAGUGACACGUUGCUGUGCCACAGUGGGUCAGGGAUCCACGGUGGGGAGCCCCUGGGAACAGUUUGGUAGCAGUGGCCAGUAUUUUAAGGUGGCUGCAAACACAAACAGCCAAGUGGGUGCCUUAAAAUGAGGGGCAUUAGGAUUGUACCGCGAGUCACCUGAACUGCCAGGUGCAUUGCAGAGUCACUGAGUGACAGGACAGCGUUUUCACAGGACCAUUUGUGUAGGAAAAAAAAACCACGUGACUGCAGUCUUGAUUUAAGAGGGAUAAACCUACCUCAGGUCAUCCAUCUGUAGGAACAAACUGGCAUGGAGUUAUCCUGCCUGAUUCCUGAUGACUCGUCUGCAUAUGGUAAAAUCUCUCUCGUUUCUCAGCUGUACUGUGCUUCAGGAUUCCAGAAAUGGUGCUCUUUUGUUCUUUUAUACAGAAGAUUAGUUACUCCUUGUUCAUAUUGUGAAUAGAAAGGUUUCUGAUAAACUUUUUUGAUGUUUUUUACCAGUAUUCCAGAGCAUGUAAUAUAUACAGAAGGACACACUUGUUAAGCUGGUACUUAGUUGUUUGUAUUAUUAGAGUCGCAAUUUGGAAUUAAACAAACAAAAAACAAAAUAAAAAAUAACUUAUUUCCUUGGUUUUGCAUAUUUGUAUAGCCUUCUAGAUAUGCGAAAGCUCUUUUUGCUUAUUCUUUUACUACUCCUGAAUUUUUUAGACCUAUUAUUUUGUAUAGGUCAAUAAACUAAAAAGUGUGCUACCAAAAUCA